AUGACUCUAGAAGCUAUUCCCAAAGACCUAAGAGGCCUUAGAGCGUGCCUGGUAUGUUCAUUGAUCAAAUCUUUUGAACAAUUCGAAUACGAAGGAUGCGAUAACUGCGACGAAUUUUUGAGAAUGAAGAACAACAAAGACAAUAUCUAUGAUUGUACGAGCUCCAAUUUUGACGGAAUGAUUUCAAUGAUGAGCCCUGAAGAUAGUUGGGUAGCCAAAUGGCAAAGAAUUAAUCGAUUCUGUAAAGGUGUGUACGCUAUUUCCGUGUCGGGCAGACUACCCAAUGGAAUAAUCAGGGAAAUGAAGAGUCGCGGAAUAGCUUAUAGACCUAGAGAUACCAGUCAAAGGUAG